AUGGACCAAGUUCAAAGACUGAAAAAGGAUUAUCCAUGGAUUCAAACACCGCUGAUAGUAGGAGCGCCAAUGCGACUCAUCGCGUUAGCAGACCUAGCCGUGGAGAUAACAAAAGCCGGCGGCAUCGGCUUCAUAGGCGCUGGAACAGACAUAUCUGAUCUCACCACCCAUCUCCAAUCUGCCCAGACCCAACUGGGAUCCACAUCAUCAACAGCCCUCCUACCCAUUGGCAUCGGCUUCAUCAACUGGGGCGCUGACCUAGACGCCAGCAUCCCUAUCAUCGCCCAGUACCGCCCCGCAGCAGUAUGGUUCUUCGCACCCUCUUCCACUUCAUCGCUCGUCGAGUGGACGCAGAGAACACGCGAAGUAAGUCCCAAAACGAAAGUAUGGGUACAAGUAGGCAGCGUGCUCGAAGCGCUCGAAGCAGUAAGGAACGCAAAGCCCGACGUACUCGUCGUGCAGGGUACCGACGCAGGAGGCCACGGCCUAGCGCAGGGAGCAGGUAUAAUCAGCCUACUACCCGAAGUCUCUGAUGCCGUGCAGCAAGAAGUCGCUUCUCCAGCGGAAGAAGAAGAAGAAGAAGAAGAAGAAGAAGAAGAAGGAGGAGGAGGAGGAGGAGGUAAAAAGGAGGCCUACGCGCCGGUUCUACUCGCAGCUGGCGGCAUCGUCGAAUCCCGCGGCGCUGCAGCAGCACUCGCACUCGGCGCGGGGGGCAUCGUCCUCGGCACGCGCUUCCUAGCUAGUCGUGAAGCGAAUAUCUCGCGCGGAUACCAGGCUGAAGUCCUGCGUGCCGUGGAUGGCGGGCAGACGACUGUGCGGACUAAAGUGUACGAUGACUUGCGGCGCACGAGGUGGGCGGACACGCAUAAUGCUCGGGGGGUGAUUAAUAAGAGCUAUGUUGAUGCGAUGAGGGGAAUGGAUGAAGAGGAGAAUAGGAGGUUGUAUAAUGAGGAGAUGGAGAAAGGGGAUGCGGGCUGGGGGGUCGAGAAUAGGAUGACUACGUAUGCUGGGAGUGCGGUUGGACUGGUGAAGCAGGUUAUGGGGGCGGGAGAGAUUGUUAGGGAGGUUAGAGAGGGUGUGAAGGGCGUGCUUGAGGGCGUUAGAGAGAGACUCUAG